AAGUAAACUAAAGUUGUGGAGCCUAGCCCAAGUUUCCAGUUGUUUCAGCUUUCAUCAUCUUCGUCUUCUCGGAUCUCGCUGCGUUUCAUUGCUUUUUACCUCUUGAUUCCUAUUUUUUUUCGUUUCCUUGAUUUUUUUCUUCCCUUUUUUUCACGAAUUGAGACAUAAGCCCUGGUCCGAUAGUUGGUGCCUGGGAAAAAGGGAAUUUUUCAGAUCUGCGAUUACCAUGAAGUAAAAGGUUGAAGGCGGUGGUUGCUUUUACUUUUUUUCAUGAGAUGAUGAAGCGUUAAGCUGAGAUAUCGUCAAAGUUCUUCUCAAUCUUUGUCUGAUCUGAUAAUUAGCCGUGGAACUCUCAAGCUGAGAUAUUGUGAAAGAGAUCAUUUGGUGUCUGGAAAAAAACAAGUUAGUUUCAGACCCAUGGAGGAGGUAGGCGCUCAAGUAGCUCCUCCCAUAUUUAUGCACCAGGUCCUUGGCAGCCACUUCUGCGAACCACCUUCCUUGUCCAAGAAACGCGACCUUCCUUCUCGAGCCCCUGAUUUUCAGUACCGAAACCCUUUGCAACAGCGUGUUGCCAACUCCAGGGACAACUGGAAUCCAAAGCUAUGGGAGUGGGAUGCAGUAAGAUUCAUUGCCAAACCCUUGAACACCGAGAUUCUGCAGGCAGGUACUGCCUCAGCAGAACAGAAAAAGAAAGGCCACGCUAAUGGCAAUGAAACCUCUAUAACAUCCAAGAAUGCCACUGCAGUAAAUGAUAAUGAUGAGAGGCUGCAACUGAAUCUUGGUGGGGGUUUGAACUCUUUAGAAGAGCACGUGUCCAGGCCCAACAAAAAGGUCCGUGUUGGAUCCCCUGGGAGUACCAACUACCCCAUGUGUCAGGUUGAUAAUUGUAAGGAAGAUCUUUCUAAUGCAAAGGAUUAUCACCGUCGGCAUAAAGUGUGUGAGGUUCAUAGUAAAGCAACUAAAGCUCUUGUUGAAAAGCAGAUGCAAAGGUUCUGCCAGCAGUGUAGCAGGUUUCACCCACUUUCUGAGUUUGAUGAGGGGAAGAGAAGUUGUAGGCGAAGACUUGCUGGGCAUAAUCGCCGUAGAAGGAAGACACAACCUGAAGAUGUGACCUCACGACUUUUACUCCCUGCAAACAAUGAUAAUGCUGGGAAUGGAAAUUUAGAUAUCGUCAAUUUGCUCACUCUUUUGGCUCGGACGCAAGGGAAAACCGAUGACAAAAGCAUUAAUUCCUCACAUGUACCAAAUAGAGAUCAACUUGUUCAGAUUCUUAGUAAGAUAAAUUCAUUACCUUUGCCCAUGGACCUGACUGCAAAGUUGGCCAAUGUUGGAGCAUUGAGCAGGAAGAGCCAGGAGGAGCCUUCAAUAGGUGAUAAGCACCAAUUGAAUGGGAAAAACACAUUCUCUCCAUCUACAGUGGAUUUGCUUGCUGCCCUUUCAGCUACAUUGUCAUCCUCUUCUUCCGAUGCCCUUGAAAAUUUGUCUCAAAGAAGCAGCCACAGCAGUGAUAGCCACAAGACCAAGUCGAUCUGUCCUGAUAAUGUAGCUGCUCCCAGUUCACGAAACAGAGCUCCUCUGGAGUUUACUUCAGUUGGGGGAGAAAGAAGUAGCACAAGCUAUCAAUCUCCUAUUGAAGAUCCUGAAUGCCAGAUUCAAGAACCUAGACUUAAUUUACCAUUGCAGCUAUUUAGCUCCUCUCCUGAGGAUGACAGCCCACCAAAACUAGCAUCUUCUAGGAAGUAUUUCUCUUCCGACAGUAGCAAUCCAAUGGAGGAAAGAUCUCCAUCUUCAUCAACAGUUAUGCAGAAAUUAUUUCCAAUGCAUAGCACAACUGAACCAGUCAAAUAUGAGAAACCACCCAUUCACAGAGACACCAUUGCAAAUGCCGAAGCAAGCAGGGCUCAUGGUUCUACUCUUCCUCUUGAGCUCUUUUGUGGGUCAAAAAUAGGAACUGGACACGGUUCAUUUCAAAAUUUCCCUUCACAAACUGGGUACACAUCUUCUGGGUCAGAUCAUUCCCCCCCUAGCUUGAAUUCUGAUUCUCAGGAUCGUACUGGGCGGAUAAUUUUCAAGCUGUUUGACAAGGACCCCAGCCACUUCCCUGGUGCACUGCGGAGCCAGAUCUAUAAUUGGCUUUCAAAUAGUCCGUCUGAAAUGGAGAGCUACAUAAGGCCUGGAUGUGUGGUUCUGUCAAUCUAUUUGUCAAUGUCAUCUGCUGCCUGGGACCAUCUUGAAGGAAACCUGCUUCAGUAUGUCGAUUGUUUGUUGCAAGACUCAGAUUCAGAUUUUUGGAGGAAGGCACGGUUUUUAGUUCAUGCUGGGAACAGGCUUUUAGCAUCUCAUAAAGAUGGAAAGGUUCGUCUAUGCAAAGCCUGGAGAUCAUGGAGUUCACCUGAGUUGAUAUCUGUGUGUCCUCUGGCCAUUGUGGCUGGACAGGAAACCUCUCUUUUAGUGAGAGGUAGAAAUUUUACUAAUCCUGGGACCCAGAUUCAUUGUGCAUACAUGGGUGGUUACUCAUCAAUGCAAAUUAAUGAGUUGACAUAUAAGGGAGUCGUGUAUGACGAGGUAAACAUGGACGGUUUUAAGAUUCAGGUUCCGUCACCAAAAGCACUAGGUCGUUGUUUCAUUGAGGUGGAGAAUGGAUUCAAGGGCAAUAGUUUUCCUAUUAUAAUAGCUGAUGCUGCCAUUUGUACAGAAUUGAGACUUUUGGAAUCUGAACUUGACAUAGAAGCUAAAGCUUCUAAUAUUAUUUCUGAAGACCAUGAUUAUGAUUUUCACCGUCCACGGUCAACAGAGGAAGUCCUGCACUUUUUGAAUGAACUUGGAUGGCUAUUCCAGAGAAGCAUCGAUCCCUUGCCCAAGAGUUCUGAUCAUUCCCUCUGCCGGUUCAAAUUUUUGCUCAUAUUCUCUGUUGAGAGAGACUAUUGUGCUUUGGUAAAGGUACUUCUUGACUUGCUGGUGGAAAGCAACUUGGAUAUGGAUGGGCUAUCCAAGGAAUCACUGGCCAUGCUUUUUGAGAUUCAUCUCUUAAGCCGAGCAGUGAAAAGAAGGUUCAGGAACAUGGCUGACUUGCUUGUACAUUAUUCUAUUAAUAGAAGCGAUGAAAGCUCAAAAAAAUAUAUCUUCCCACCAAAUCUUGAAGGUGCUGGUGGAAUCACACCUUUACAUUUGGCUGCAUGUACAUCUGGUUCAGAUGAUUUGGUAGAUGUGUUGACGAAUGAUCCACAGGAGAUUGGUUUGAGCAGCUGGAAUUCCCUUCUGGAUGCAAAUGGGCAAUCUCCAUAUGCCUAUGCUAUGAUGAGAAACAACCAUUCUUACAACAAACUGGUGGCUAACAAAUGUGCUGAUAGAAAGAAAGGUCAAGUUUCUUUGACUAUUGGUGAUGAGUACUCGGGCAUAACUGCAGUUCAGUUAAGCAAGAUAACUUCGCAGUUAAAACAAAACCGUAGUUCUUGUGCCAAGUGUGCAGUUGUGGCAACGAAGUAUAGCCAUAGGUUUCCAGGUUCACAUGGUCUGCUCCAACGUCCUUAUAUUCAUUCAAUGCUUGCCAUUGCUGCUGUCUGUGUUUGUGUCUGCUUAUUCUUUCGGGGAUCGCCCGACAUCGGCCAAGUUGCUCCCUUUAAGUGGGAGAACUUGGAUUAUGGCACGAUAUAAUUGGUUGGGAACAUAUCAUUUUGAAGCAAGCAACAAACUAGGGGCAGAUUAUGCAGGGUUCUUUGGACAUUUGAGCCCAAGUGAAUGGAUAAAACUGGAUGUGGUACAGGGGAAGUCUCCAUAUGCUGCUGAUUGAUUGUGAGCAACCCCGAGAUGUGGGGUAUCCCCUUUAGGCUAUGCCCUUGUUUCGGCCUAUGUAUAUUGGAUUGGGGUAAUCUCACAGAUUCUAAGACCGUACAUAGGCGGAGAUUAUACUUGUUGGAUGAGUUGAGAGGCACAAGCAUGAACGAAUGUUGCUACUGGUAAAAUUUUGGAAUGGAUAUAUGACAGUAAAAAGCGGACUUCCCAGAGAAGUUGUAAGCACUUCUUUCAGGGAAAAAAAUAGAAAUAAAGUUAAAUUAUAUUGUAUACUAUUGUAUUUUCAUGUUUCACUUUGAUUUGAUUACUUUUAGAUUUGUAUUAGUUUUAUCAUCUCAUUGUAAAGUUGUUGAACAACGUGUAGGAUUGAUUAUAGUUAUACAAUGUUGUACUUUGUACGAAU